AUGGAAGUAGAUACCUCAACGGAAGCUAAAACUAACAAAACAUCGAAUUAUUUCAAACUGAUCUACAAAUAUGUGUACAUAGUUGGGUGGCCAAAUUUCUGGACUUCACGCCCAGACGUGCCCGUAACAAUAAUAAAAUAUCAUAAAAAAUCGGCUAUUUUCUUAGACGGACUAUGCUUGAUUCUCGUUGUUUUAGAACUGGUUGGAAUUUUCACGCAGCCCAAUUUGUCGGAGAAGCAAAAAUCUGACGGCAAGCUGUUAGGUUUCGCACAUAUUUUUUUAGGAUCCUACGGGUACAUCCUGUCAUUUUAUCAGGACAACAUUAGAGCUAUGACGUAUAGCUUGACUGUGGAGCUGAAGAAAUGCUACAAUGACUAUGAAAUUGAGAAGGAAAUGACCAAGAAAGCCCGCCGGCAUUCAAUUGCUUACUGUUUGAUUGUAAUUUCUGCGCUCGUGUCCUACGGCGUGGAUGGUUUCAUGACCUGUUAUGUUACCAAAGCUGGCACUUUCGUCACUGUGAUUACAGCGUGGCCAGAUGUAAACGAUGUCUCUUACCCAGCCGAUUAUUUUAGAGUGUUCGCUUAUAUUCUGUGGUGGAUCUUCAUGAUUAGAGUCUCUGGCGUUUAUGUUAUGCUCAUUUCCACACUCGUAUGCCUUGGGUAUCAAUAUAAGAACCUGCAGAGCUAUUUCUAUAGCCUUGAUGGUAUAUUUGAGAAGGAUCACUUGACGUCAGAACAGAAAGAGGAAACGUAUGAGAAUGGAUUGAAAUUAGGGAUCAAUAUGCAUGCGCGUACUUUAUGGUGUACUCGCGAAUGUGAGAAGUCCUACAUGGGGGUAGUAAGCGGCCAAAUAGUGGUCAACAUAACAGUCAUCAUACUAUUGAUGGCACAAAUGUUGACCACGGAACGCACAUUUGGGGCAGUAGCGGCCAUAGUGUCCACAAUGACGGCCAUGCUCAUCAGCACUGGCUUCUUCAUGUGGAACGCUGGAGACGUGGCUGUAGAGGCCGCAUCUCUGUCCACCGCUAUGUUCAGCUCAGGUUGGCAGAACUGCCGUGGUGACACAUCCGUACGGGUCAGGAAGUUGCUCGUCGUUGCUAUGAGACAAGCUCAGGUACCGGUGUCUAUCGGGGCUCUCGGCAUCAUCACCCUUUCCUAUGAGUCGUACGUGUCUAUAGUGAAGUCUUCGUAUUCAGUGUUUUCAGUUUUAUAUUAGUGUACUUAGGUUCCAUUUCGAAUGCACCAAUGCAUUGUGUACUGCAAUGUUAGUGUAUAGCUUUCACUCAAAGCCUCGCUCUAGCGAAUUUAGCGCCAGCAGCGUGGGAUUUGCAAAAAACCUCAAUACAAAAGAAUACAGGUAUUUCGCAAAUCCCACGGAAUCUUUAGCUUGAAGAACAGUACCUUAUGUCCUUUACCUAAUUAGGUAUACGCAAAAUUUUAAGAAGCUGAAGAGCGUAACACAACAAACAAGUUUACUAUCCAUUUAUAUAGUUGGGAGCACAAGUAGUUAUUAUUCUGCGAGAAAAAAUUCUAGUGGCGUAUUGACAUCCAUUGAAUUUAGGGGCGGCAUUAUGAAAAAACUUUAAAUUAUUUAUAAAAAAAUUCUUAAAAUAUUGUAUUAAUUAAAUUUUUAUUUCAAUGAUCGUAUUUAGUUUUGAAAAUAGACAGACUUUUAGAUAAAGUAGAUUGUAAAUUUGCGACAAAUA